AUGGCGACGCCGAUCAACCUCAACCCCCUCGCGCACGUUAGCGCGGCGCCUCCGCCGCCCCGCUCCCUCCGGCGGCGCGCGGCGGCGUUGGCGGCGGCGGAGGCGGCGCCGGGGCCGGCGCGGAAGGAGCCCUCCCGCUCGCCGUUGUCGUCCCCCACGCCGCCGGAGUGGCGGGAGAGCAGGCGGUCGCUCUCCUUCUCUCUCCUGCUCGCUCACCUGGUCGCUGCACCCGACCAUGCUAUUGCAGGCAGCUUUAUGGAUAAAUAUGUAAAGAAAAAAAGGCUUGACCCGCUAGAGGCAUAUGUGCCUGCUGUGAUAUUAAGUCAGCUGCAGAUUAAGGAUUUAGAGAAAACUCUGGAUGAUGAGAAGCCCGAGUUUGCUGCGUGUCGAUCAGUUUUACGCUCUGGCCCAGCAGCAUCUCUUCGCGUUAACAUUCGAGCGGUGGCACAGUAUGCUUCAGAUGGUGGGAAUGGUAAAGCUGCUUCCGGUGAUGUUGAUCAAUGUCUGAGAGCCUUGGAAGACCUUGAUUCCUUGCUUCUGCGUGCAUCAAGAAAAGAACCAGACGCCUCAGUAAAAGCCAUGAAAGCCAAAAUAGGAAUUGCAGUUGAUGCGCUGGAUAGCCUCCUCCAGACUGUUCCCCAAGACGUGUUGGACAAAGGAAAGGCUGCAGCAGAUGCAUAUAGGAUACCAAGAGACAUGGAACCAGAAAUAGUAGACCCCGAAAUCAAGCAGUUGGAAUCAAUCUUGUGAUUGAUGAACUACUGUGUUUUCCUUUCCUCAGCAUAAUGGGAUGAUACCUUCCUCUGAUACACUCAAAUUCAACUAGACAUCCAAACUCUUACCUGACAAAUUAUUGAGUUUACAAUCAGGAGUUCCUCAGUUUCAUCGUAGUCCAGUGUACCAUUCCCGAUUCAUUCAUAUAAUGUCAAAUGAGCAGUUCUUAGUUUGAGCUUUUUGCGUGGGAAGUAACAAGACAGGAUAGUGUCCUGCACAAGAGUGUAACCAUAUCUAGACCCUUUCUCCGUGUAUAGGUGAUAGACCCUGCAUAGUGCAAUGGAAACUAACUCCUGAUACCUUUAUCCA